GGGGCGCUUCGUUCCUCCGGAAGGCUUCCCCUUCCGCCCGCCCCCGCGCGGGGCCCGCCCCUCCCGGCGCCGGAAGGAGCCGUUGCCCGAGCAACUGUAACGUCCGGCUUUCGGAGUUUGGUGGCGGGAAAGGCCAUGAGUAAAGGCCGGGCUGAGGCUGCGAGUGGAGCCCCCGGGAUCCUCCUGAAGUACCUGCGGGAGCAGAACCGGCCCUACAGCGCCCAGGAUGUGUUCGGGAACCUGCAGCGGGAACACGGACUGGGCAAAGCGGCGGUGGUGAAGGCGCUGGAUCAGCUGGCUCAGCAAGGCAAGAUCAAAGAAAAGAUGUACGGCAAGCAGAAGAUAUAUUUUGCGGACCAGGACCAGUUUGACAUGGUGAGUGACGCUGACCUCCAAAGCCUGGAUGCCAAAAUUGUGGCCCUUACGGCCACGGUGCAGAGCUUGCAGCAGAGCUGCCGCCACAUGGAGGCCGAGCUGAAGGAGUUAACUAGCGCCCUGACGACACCGGAGAUGCAGAGAGAGAUCCAGGAGCUGCAGAAGGAAUGUGCUGGCUACACCGAGAGACUGAAGAACAUCAAAGCAGCCACCAACCAUGUGACCCCGGAAGAGAAAGAGCAGGUGUACAGGGAGAGGCAGAAGUACUGCAAGGAGUGGAGGAAGCGCAAGAGGAUGGCGUCAGAGCUGUGCGACGCAAUCCUUGAAGGGUAUCCGAAGAGCAAGAAGCAGUUCUUUGAGGAAGUUGGGAUAGAGACAGAUGAGGACUACAACGUCAAGCUCCCAGACCCCUGAGAGCCCCUGCGGCAGGACUGGGGGGCUGGGACAGAGAUGUCCCGGACUGGCUGCCCUGUUUAGGCCAGUUUUUGUUGUUAGUGCCGCUGCUUUCCACCUUUGAGCGGAGCAGGUGGGAGGGGCACAGACCAGUGUUAGGCAGAGCAGGUGGGGAGUGCUAGUUGCCCAGAGUGGGUGGUUAUGCUCACUACGUCGUCUGCAUUUCAGCUGCAGGAGCCUUACCUCUUAGAUUUGGAACAAAGCUGAAGGAAAGCAUUUGGCAAUAUUUAUUGUAAUAUAAUUUGAUAUAAAAAUAUUUAAUUUCCUCUGGAUAAUCAAACCUCAGAUAUCAAAUCUGAGGAAGGCAAAAGGGGGAGCUAGGGGGACGAGGGUAGAGAGGCUAUCGUGCACAGCAGCCAGGGGGCACAGGGCUGCCCCUCGGACUCCCUUGGUUCUGACCCCCCAGCAGGCCUCCACCCACCCCCAAGCCUUGGGAGGAGUGCAGGCAGCCCCGAGACAGUGGAGACCCGGGUGCGCCUGACUAAAGCUGGGAGAGGUUUUGAGGCCUGGCUAAUUUUCUAAAAUUUUUCUAACAUUAGCAAAAUUGUGUUGUUGGUAUUUAGAAAAAUAAAAACUUGAACAUGUG